AAUACCUUCACUUCCCCAGAUUUGCUCGCUGAGAAUGGCCGCCUGACCAGCACGCCCGCCGUCAUCGCCGCCUUUUCCACCAUGAUGAGCGUGCACCGGGGGGAAGUCCCCUGCACGGUGACCACCGCAUCGGCUUUAGAUGAAGCCACUCUCUCUGAAUUAAAGACGGUCCUGAACAGCUUCCUGGCUAAAGGCCAAGUGUUGCAGUUGAAAGUUAAGACUGACCCGUCAAUCAUGGGCGGGAUGAUUGUGCGCAUUGGAGAGCGGUAUGUUGACAUGUCUGCGAAAACCAAGAUCCAGAAGCUGAGCAAGGCCAUGCGGGAGGUGUUCUGAACGCGCUGAGGCUUCUGUCGGUGAAAUGUAAAGCUUGGAGCAACAAUAAAAUGCUUCCUGAACAGAA